CUUCGACUAGGGGCUGAUAGCGCUCGAGGUGACGACACUUCCAAGCUCAAGACUCUCGUUUCCGAAUGGGUUAAUCGGGAAUUCAAGUCAGAUCCCCCGGUCGACCCCCACGAUAAAUAUUCCCGCGGAUUCAUCAACGAUGCGUGCGGGAGGCUACUCUGCCCGUCUGAGCUUGACUGGAACGACCCAGCUGUAAGGACAGGGAUUCGAGAUCGCUCAGAGGGUCAUGUUGUGACAGAUCUGUCUUUUCCGACCUUCCUGUAUGACAAGUACACCGCUAAUCCGGACGAUCUGGAGGAGGGUCUCUUCAAGGGUAAAAUUCUUAUUCAGGGAUACAAAGCUGUUUUCACAUCACCUUCGUCAGCAAAGGACGUCGAAGGUGAUGGCGACGGCGCGGAUGUCAUUCAGAACAACAGACGUGCUAGGAAAACUCUCUCCGGAAUCAAGGUAAAAAAACACGUGGCGCAAAUCAUCAACAUGAAAAAGGUCACGCCUCGCUCGAUCGCAUACAUCACGUGCCAAGUUCGAUUCGCGCUGUCGUCUGUUACCUCGUGGCGGUCUGUUGAUGGGGACUUCGACUAUGUCCAAUUCUGGCAGACCAUUGUAGACUUCUUCGAAAGGGCCCCUGGUCGAGAAGCGCAGCGCAGAGUUAAGAGACUCCUCGAUUGGUGGACUAGGUGUGUUAUGCAUACUCCUAACACGCCUCGCCUGAACUGGUAA